AUCCAUACAUACAUCUUAUCCGGUGAGAAACACAAUGUUGUCAUUCCAAGGCUUCAUUUUGACUUGGUAGAGAGUGGGCGGUACAAAGACUAUACAUGGGGAAAGGAAGCGUUUGAUGAUUUGAUCAGAAGUCUUCACCAUAAGAUGGAUAAGACAAAACAGUAUUACUGUCUUCGAGGUUUUCCGUUUGCUAUGCAAGCAUGGCUAUACGAGUGCUGCUCUAAUGUUUACCCAAAUUUGACAGUAAAAAAUGGAGAUCGUAUUCCCAGAAUGUUCAACUGGAAAACCAAAGACGAAUCACCACAUUUUAAAGAUCUCAUGACUGGCAUGUUCAACGAUGACGACUCAGAGGACCGUCUUACUUAUAAGAAUAUUGUGCCGACCAUCAAUGAGAUUGAGGAACUUGGAUUGCGUCCAUAUCUCUCUAGUAAAUCUGCAUCAACACUUCAACAACAGGUUGAGGAUGACUAUGAUGACUUUAGUUCCACACCACCCCAUUUGGCUGCGGCUAAACAUCCUCAAAAUAAAGGUGUAUCACAAUCUCCACCUCACAAGAAGCCGAGACAGAUGCCAAUGGUACCAUCGCCAGUGAAGAAGACAACAUCUCCAAUUACACGUUCUGUUAAUCAUCCGAGUGGUGGACGAUUGACCAGACGUCCUGGUUUGGCAUCAACUAGGUAUGCUUCAACAAGGGAAAAAGAACAAUCAUGUCCAAUACCCACCCCCUAUCUGUUGUUCCUGUUGACGUCCCAUCUACUAGCAAAUCCGAUGAUAUCUCUGGUCUAAGGGAGGAACUUAAUGAGUUUAAGAAGAAUGUAAGUCUUAUUUUUUGUUCUUUAUCUUAUUUAUUUAUGUAUUAUAUUACUGUUUAAUAAGGAAUGUAAUUUUAUGAUUUUCUUGUUUGAAAUUUUAGAUUUUCGCCGAAUUCAAGGAUCUUCACAAAGUCAUUAACAAAAACUUUGCAAAGGUUUUUGAAUAUAUGAAAGUGAAUCAAACUUCAGAAAAGGUAUUAAAAAGUUAUACAUAUACAAUUGUUUGAAAU